AUGCUCGAUAGGGUGGAGCCGGUAGGCGUGUCAGAAAGCUAUAUAAACCCUCCCCGCACCUCCUCACUUCCUCAGCAAACCUUUAGCCACUUACCAGUACCAGCAAUCACAAUGCGUGUCGCACUCUUCGUCCUCGCUUUCGCCGCUGUGUUCGUCCUCGCCAACCCCAGCGGUGACAAGAAGAAGGCCAAGAAGACCAAGACUCCUACUCCUGCUGCUGCUGCCGCUGAGGAGCCCGCCCCUGUCGAUGGCGGCGAUGCCCCUGCUGCUUAA